GACUCCACUGCCCCUUUGGCACAAGUGAUCUUUAUUGUUCAAUUCAAACGGAAAAAGGACUUUAGAAAUUUUUUAAAAAUGAAUCUUGCACCCUAUGAUAUUGAUACGUCCCCACCGGGACCGGAGCUGCUGGAAGUUUCCCGUCGAGAGCUGCGCGAAACACCGCAAGUACGGGAGGCUGCUAUCGUAGAGCUUCGUAAGUUGCUGCACAACGCCACGGAUCUGCACUAUCGGGACGACGACGAUUUCCUGCUGGUGUUCCUGAGACCGUGUCACUUCUAUCCGGAAAGUGCGCUGAAAAUGAUGCGACGCAUCGCGGAUUUCAAGAAGAACAACUACCCUCUGAUGCAUAACCUCUACCCGGAGGACGAGAAAAUUUCCUUCGUCGAGCAUGGCAUCGUCAACGUGCUGACCAAUCGGGACCGGAAGGGACGCCGAAUUCUGCUGCUCAACGUAGGCAAAGUGUGGGAUCCGAAGCAGGUCAACCCGGAGAAGCUGUUCCGCAUGCUGUUUCUCAUCCAUCUGGUGGCGCAGCUGGAAGCAUCCACCCAAAUCAACGGAAUCGUCAUCAUCAUGGACUUCGAGGGUCUCUCGCUGAAACAGGUUCGCGCCCUGUCGCCCUCGUUCUCGCGACUUCUGCUGACCUUCAUCCAGGAAGCGAUUCCACUGCGGAUGAAGGAAGUGCACAUCAUCAAGCAACCGUACAUCUUCAACAUGGUUUGGACCCUGUUCAAGCCGUUCAUCGGAGAGAAGCUCCGCAAUAGGCUCGAAUUCCACGGCAGCGAUAUGAAGAAGCUGCACAAGUUCAUCGAUCCGAGUGAUCUGCCGAAGAACUAUGGCGGAUCGCGGCCUGCCCUGGACUACGGAUCGCGCGAUUGGUAUCCUUGUAUCGAGAAGUACGUCGACCAUAUCGCCCUGUGGAACACGUACGGUUACGCAAAUGCUCCCUGAUUUGUGCGUGGCUGUGUUUUGCGUCUCAACCGCACGGAAUGAGAGUAAACAAGUACCUACAUACCAUACCCUAGCGCUGCGUUGUUGGGAGCAAAGCUAGACGACUUUAGUGAUAUUAGUCGAAUUGAUUUAUUGGCAGCGAUAAGCGCGUUCGGAUCAAGAAGUGAACUUAUUUGCGUAAUCAUUAUGUGUGCUAGCGACAAUUGUGAAUUGUGAAGGUUUUAGUUUGUACAAAUUUUAUGAUUUUUUGUGAGACCUACUUAUUUAUUGAUUAAGUUGCAUUUACUGCUGAAAUCGAUCAUUUCAUUGAAUAAAAU